UAAAACGGGUACUGCACGACGUAUGUAGUGUCCCUAUCAAGUCGCCAUAGAAAAUACCUCCGCUUUACGAGCCCCCAGCUUCACAAACUAAAACGACAUGGCGAAGUCUGGAAGCAACUUGACCGCCGUCUUGGAUGGCGCAAAUGAUCUGCGCAUGAUUGAUGCUCCUAUCCCGGAGCCGAAAUAUGGAGAGGUCCAAUUGAAGCUGCUGAACUGUGGUAUCUGCGGUACUGAUGUUCACAUCUGGAAGCAUGGAGGUUUUGGAGGGAUGCCUCUCACAGAUCGGAUCGUUAUGGGCCACGAGUCCAGCUCCGUGAUCACCAAGGUGGGCGAGGGGGUCACUCAUCUCAAAGUGGGUGACCGUGUGGCGACAGAGCCUGGUGGCCCGUGUUUCCAGUGCAAGAAGUGCAAGGCCGGCCGCUACAACCUGUGUCCGGUCAUGCAGGUGAUAAUCCCCAAGUACUGCGGCAAUCUCACCCGAUACGCAAUACACGGGGCGGACCUCUGCUUCAAACUGCCCGACAACAUCAGCGAUGAGGAGGGCGCAAUCAUUGAACCCCUGGCUGUGACAGUGUAUGCUUGUAAGAGAGCCAACAUUGGGAUGGGGGACACCGUGCUGAUAUGUGGGUCAGGGUCAAUUGGACUUCUGUGUCUGGUGACCGUGUUGGCGAGAGGUGCCACGACAGUUCUGGUGACAGAUAUCGCCGAUGAAAAGCUGAAGGUUGCGAAGCAGGCUGGAGCGACGUAUACUUUGAACGUCAGGGGUAUGUCCCCCAAGGAAGCUGCUGCCGCCAUUGAAGAUGUUCUGGGAGGACCAGCUGAUGUCUCCAUGGAAUGCACUGGCGUACCCUCCUGUGUCAGCACCGCCAUCUAUGCGACGACACGCGGUGGCAACGUCACCAUGGUUGGGAUGGGUGACCUCGUUCAGGAGGUGCCCCUGGGCACAGCUGCGAUGAAGGAAGUGGACAUCAGAGGAAUCCUGAGAUACUGCCAUGAUGAUUUCUCUACUGCGGUGUCUCUGGUUGCCAGUGGGAAGGUGAACGUAAAGCCUCUCAUCACCCACCGAUUCCCACUGGAGAAGACUCUUGAAGCCCUGCAGACAACGGCGAGCGGGGUAGCCGUCAAGGUGAUGGUCCGCUGUGCCGAGAACUGAAGCGGACAUCUGAGACAGUGUCCCACUUCUAUAUACCCUGGAAAUCCAGCGCUGCUAAAUUUAAAUUUGAAAAUCUUUUAAAUGCUGUACUACGACUGUUUCAUUUUAUUUUAUCCAAGAACUCUAUCACUGUUGCAUUAAUAUACUGAAACAUCCUAUAGUUCAGUACCCUGUUUCACCAGUACAGUAUUUCAACUCUUUAUAUCCAAGACAUGUCACUGCUGCUUCUUCAAUACUAAAAUUCAUUGUACUUGCGUUCAAACGUCUGUUGUUAUAGGAGCUUCACCCUAGUUAGUUAGGUUCCGUUGUACAGAACUGUCACAAUUCAGCAGUCAAAUGGGAGUUACGGUCACCUUGUACAGAACUGUCACAAGUCAGCAGUCAAAUGGGAGUUACCAUCAACUUGUACAGAACUGUCACAAGUCAGCAGUCAAAUGGGAGUUACCAUCACCUUGUACAGAACUGUCACAAGUCAGCAGUCAAAUGGGAGUUACCGUCACCUUAGCGCCAAGAUCCCAUGUACAACGGUUCUUUAUAUCACAACAAAACACAAGAUCAUAAUGUUUACAUUGUUUUUAAUUUUGUAUGAGCAUUGUAUUAAAAAUAAGUACAUACAUA